AUGAACUGCCCGAAGGUAGCACAGUUUCCCGUUAGCCAUUCAGGGGAAGCCAAUCACAGACAAAGUGCCACCCAGUGUGUCAAAGAAAACAAUGGAAUAACCAAAUUUUUUUUAAAAGACUUGAUAAAGGAGUCGUCCCUCAAAAAUGCGGCUGUUGUAUCGGGCGAAAAGGCAGAACAUGAGCGAAGAAACGUGCAAAAGGAUGACAAAAAUCAACCGUUUAAUGUGACCUAUACUUGGGAAACGGAUCCCAUAAGUGGGUUCAGGUUCGUUAAUGUUUUAAACAAGAAGGAUAAGAAAAAGUUGGGAAUUCAAUGCAUUUACUGUAGAGACAAACAGUUGUUCAGAUUUAAAAGAAGCGUCUUGUGCCACAUGGUUACUUUUGAUCAUGGUCUGAAAUCAAGUGUUAUGGAAGAAUUAAAGCUUAACGAGAAGAACGCAGAUGAACGGUCAGAAUUUAUUAACAAUUUCAAUGCAGAGAAAUGUGCACAAAGGAGAGCACAAAGUGGGUCCGAAAUUUUGGAGAGAAGGGGAAUAGGAGAAGAACCCGAAAGAAAACACACAAAAAAGUGUUGUAAUAAUUACGAACUCAUUAAACUUGAAAUAGAAUUUGUGGCAACUUUGAAUUUAUUAACAUGUGAUGAAUUGGAAUCGUUGUUUUGUUUUUUUUUCUCCGAGAAAAUAUUUUCAUUUAGUGAAUGUACAGACAAGGAGAUCAUUAUUGAGCAAUUUUUACAAAACAUAAGUUCCGUUUCGAUGAAGUAUUCCUCCCUCAUUAAGUCGGCAUAUGAUGAACCCAUACUUAACAAAGACGCUAAAUGUGCUACUUUGCAAGAAUACCUGAAUGGGUUAAAAGUUUCGGGGGAAGCAAAGAACACUUGUACGGAUGAACCAAAGAUAGAAGGCGAGGUGAUCUCUCACGAAAUAAACGACAAAGAUGCAGAGGAUGCAGAAGGGAACACUGGUGGAAAUGGCGAAAAAAUGGGUUCAGAUGUAGCAGGUGAGAUUAGUGGCAUUGAAGAAAUUCCGCAAAUUGGGGGAAAUGAUGAACAUGGAGCGUUGGACGGAAGCGGGGUGGAGCCCAUGCAUAAGGAGACUAAUGUGGCUAACCAGGUGACUUCCAAUAUUGGCAACGAACGAACCGAUGAAGAAGCCACCAAUGUCGCAAAUGUUGCAAAAAGGAGAAGAACGAAAAAGCCAAAAGGUAUAGAUGCAGGCACAGGACACCUGAACCCAAAGAAUCAUAUACUUAUAAACAUAAACGACUGCGACAUUUUAAAACACAAUGAUAAGAUAUUCAUUAACUUGAGUGCUCUUCGGGAGGUAAAAGCAGACGCAGAACGGAAAAAGGAAAAUGACGCGAUUCUCAUUGUUAGCGGCUCAGGGGAGGCGGGGCACCUGAGCGAGGGAAGCACAAUGAGGGUAGAACCAGGAGAGGUACGUACGAACAAGGUGUGCACAAAUAAGGUGGACAAGAACGACGUAGACCCCACAACUGCAGAUGCAAAUGUCAAUGAAACAGCCUACUCGGCAAAGAAAGCCUCAUCAGAACGGAUAAACAACCUUCAAACGAACGCAGCUGCUAGUGGGGGUGGCAAUGAGAACGAUGUGAACCCUCCACUCAGUGUGAAUAAAAAAGCCAAACGGGUCAGAAAUAAAAAAGACACGAAUGAAAAAUGCACUACGCAAGUGGGUAAAAAGGGCCAAAUGGGUGCAGAAAAUUGUACGACGAGAAAUAGCCAACCGAAAAAAAAAAUAAAAGUAGAUGACCUACCAGGAGGUAAUUCCGCCCAAACAAUUUUACCUUCACAAGAGGGACAAAAGAAACAACACUUAGAGGAGGGAAAGGCUCAAACAGAAGAAUGUAACUCGAAAGGGAUCGUUCUUAACGAGAGUAGCAACAUAAAUGGUCUCCAAGAUGAAGAUAAAGCAAAAAAUGGCAACAGCAAUAGGAGCAGGGAAAAUUACCCCCAGAGUAGCAGCAGUGACAGUAACAUCCCUUCAAGGGUCAUGGACGAAGAAAAAGAUUUUAGUUCUAGUGACAAAUUAGUCCAUGCAACAAAUAUGGAACAAGAUGAAGACACACAUGACCUGAAUAACGAUACGGUGUAUGAGCAUCACAGCAGGUUGGGAGAGGAACACGAGAAGAACACUGCUCCGUUGGAUGAGGGAGGACGCGUUAGGAAGGUGGUCCCUUUAAAAGGGGUAGCUAAGCUGAUGACUGCUAAAAUGAUUAACAGAGAUGAAAAUAUAAAAGGGAAAAAGAUAAAGAAUAACGAUGAAAGGAAUAAAGCCAAAUUUUGUAAGAAGAUAAAAAGCCCCAUUGGGAAAAAAACCAACUGCCCCACACGCCAUAAUGAGAUUAACCAAAAUAAAAAGACCCCAUCGACCAGUAGAAAAAAAGGAAACAAACUUAACAUGCGGGAGAGGGAUAAAGCGCAAACAAACGCAUCAGUGCAGAAUUCUAAAAAUUUUAAACCAGACAAAUGUGUAAGUAAUACAGGGGGUAACGGGGCGGUAAGCUGUGUUCACAAAAAUAGCAUUAAGGGAAAAGUGCCUACUAAGAAAAAGCCACAUGUUGGUGACUCCUGUCAUGAUGGGAAGAAUCAUUUAGGGGAACAGAAAUGCAAGGCGCCGCUGACAAAGCAAGUCAACAACGUAUGUGCAGAGGGUGAUAAUAGACGCCUUUCUGCAAAAAUGCGAAUUAAGCAAUUAUGUGAUGUCUCCAUGGAUAAUAUAAUUCAGGCUGAUGUCAUGAAGUGGUCGCGCACACGUUCUUGCAGACUUGGUAGAUGA